CAAAGAGCUAGAGGAGAGAGGGCGAUGAGCUCUUAUUUUCUAAGAUUUAAACGUGGAUUUUAGCUCACAGUCAUGUUCGAAUAUUGUGGCAUUUUCUAUUUGGGGGUAUUUACUACUGUCAUGGAUUCCAGCAUUGUUAUAAACAAGAUUUCGUUUGGAAAUAAUGUUUCAUAGCGGACCAAGGAUGACAAAGACAAUAGGAUACCGAGACUGGAGAUGGCAGGCGCUUUGGUGGCAUCAUUUCUUUCUCUUGUGGAGUACAAUACACGGACAGACUCGUUACAGCAUCCCGGAGGAACUGAAACAGGGCUCUGUGGUAGGAAAUCUAGCCAAAGAUCUGGGUUUGGGACUAUCAGACAUUUUUGAUCGUAAACUGCGUGUCGCCUCUGAGGCUGGUAAGCAGUAUUUCAGUGUGGAUGCGGGGAAGGGCGAGCUGGUGGUGAAUGACAGAAUAGACAGAGAGGCUUUAUGUGGACAAAGCGCCAGUUGUGUGUUGCCUCUGCAGGUAGUUGUUGAAAAGCCUUUGCGGUCUCAUCGAAUUGAGGUGGAAAUAAGAGACAUAAAUGAUAAUUCGCCUGUUUUUCUUACACAGGAAAUUAACCUUAAAAUACCAGAAUCCGUUGCACUUGGCAAACGUUUUCCUUUGGAGAGCGCAGAGGACCCUGAUGUUGGAAGCAAUUCUUUAAAAACGUACUCAUUGAGCAAAAAUGAUUAUUUUUCUCUCAAGUUUAAAGACACAAAAAAUGGUAAACCUGUACCAGAAUUAGUGCUGGAAAAGCCAUUAGACCGGGAAAAGAACGCGCUCCAUCAGCUGCUAUUAACAGCUUUAGAUGGAGGAAAUCCGGUCAAAUCGGGAACCUGUAAGAUUAUUGUUACUGUACUCGAUAAUAACGACAAUUUUCCAGUAUUCAGUGAAAAUGAGUACAAAGUAUCUUUAAAGGAGAACAGCACCAAAGGAACAUUUGUAAUCAAACUAACAGCGACAGAUGCUGAUGAUGGUCUGAAUGGUGAAGUUAAAUAUUCUUUUGGGUCCCGCACUCCAGACUCUGUGUUAUCAACUUUUGAAAUCAGUGAUAUAACCGGAGAAAUCACAUUAAAAGCAGCAUUAGAUUAUGAGAGUUCUAAAUCAUACAUUAUCGAUAUAACUGCUAAGGACAAAGGCAUUCCCGAAAUGGAGGGUCACUGUCGUGUACAGUUGGACGUAGAGGACAUUAAUGAUAAUGCUCCAGAAAUUGUGCUCACUUCAGAACCCAGUCCUGUACGCGAGGACGCACCGAGUGGCACAGUAGUGGCUUUAAUCAGUGCACGAGACCUUGACUCUGGUGAUAACGGUAAAGUGACUCUACAGCUUCCCAAACGGUCUCCUUUCACUCUGAAACCAUCGUUCUCUGAUAAUUACGAACUGGUGACCAGUGCUGCUUUAGACCGAGAGAGUUUCUUUGAAUAUAACAUUGAGAUAACAGCCACUGAUUCAGGCUCUCCUCCUCUGUCCAGUAAGAAAGUUAUACCUGUCAGUAUCACUGAUGUGAAUGAUAACCCUCCUAUAUUCACUCAGCCCUCCUAUAAUGUAUAUUUAAAAGAGAACGGGGUGCCAGGCUCUAUACUGUACUCAGUAUCAGCAUCUGACCUGGAUUUUGGUGAAAACGCCAAGAUCUCUUACUCUAUACUGGACUCUAAAGUGCAGGACGUGUCUGUCUCAUCUUAUGUUUACAUUAACUCAGAUAACGGCAGCAUCUACAGCAUGCACUCGUUUGACUAUGAGAAACUCAAGGUGUUUCAGAUUCAGGUUCAGGCAAAGGAUCAGGGCUCUCCGUCUCUCAGCAGCAACGCCACUGUCCAUGUUUUUAUCCUGGACCAGAACGACAAUGCCCCCGCUGUUAUUUACCCCUCCUCCGCCAUGGGCUCCCUCUCUCAUCAGAGGAUGCCCCGCUCCGCUAAAGCGGGUCACCUGGUUACCAAGGUGACGGCCGUGGACGCUGACUCGGGCCAUAACGCCUGGAUCUCCUACAAAGUGGCGGAGGCCACAGACGCCUCUCUCUUCACUGUCAAUCUGUACACAGGGGAGGUGAGGACUAAACGCGCUGUGUCCGAGCAGGACGACUCCUCUCAGAGGCUGCUCAUAGAGAUCAAGGACGACGGGGAACCGGUCCAGUCCGCCACCGUCACGGUGUCCAUCCAGCUGGAGGACGGCCUCCAUGAGCCCAUCUUAGACCUCCGACAGAAAGCGGCCGAGCCCAGCAAGAAAACUGGCAGAAUCACCCUUUAUUUGAUUCUCUCUCUGGCCUCGGUGUCCGUGCUGUCUCUGGUGACUUUUCUCAUCUUAGCGGUCAAAUGCAUGAGGAACAGCAGAAGCAGCGGUACUUGCUGCAUGAGACGGAGCGACUGUGAUGAUUACAAGAACCCCAACAGAAACCUGCAGAUUCAGCUCAACACUGAUGGACCUAUAAAGUACGUGGAGGUCCUGGGAGGAGACAUGUUGUCUCAGAGUCAGUCCUUCAGGUCCUGUAUGUCUCCAAUGUCAGAGUACAGUGAUUUCACUUUGAUAAAGCCCAGCAGCACCACUGACUUUAAGGAGGUCAUCAGUGUCCUGGAUGCGUCUUUGCCCGACAGCACCUGGACCUUUGAGAGCCAGCAGGUGAGCUGA